AUGUCUGUUUUCACAAGACAGUCUUCAGAGUCGUCGGCUAACUCAUCUGGAGACAACGAAAGCUCACUAUUUGGCCAUAGACGAGAUAGCGGACGAUCGUCGCACUCUUACCACCGGCGGAGGCAUGUAAGAGCACAUGUUGAAGUUGUGAGCAUUAAAGAUUACAAAAAGGCGGCCAAAACAUUGCAUAUUGCAUUUAAAGAUGAUCUUUACUUGAAGUAUCUAACGGACGGAAUUAAGGACACAAAACUUAAAGGGCAGUUGGAUCUGGCAUUGUAUGAGGCAACGGUUUAUUCAACGGUGCUAAGUGGGCUCGUGGUAGCAAUCCGGGAUGUGGAAUUAGAAAAAACAGACCCAGAUGCACCAUUUCUGGCUGUUGCAUGUUUUGAAAAACCAAGACCAAUGAGAGAACCCAAAUCACUCGUUAGCUCUCUUUGGUCGAUGUAUAAGGGAGGAUACCUCAAGUUUAUCUGGUUGGCAAACCGCGAAACGAGGCAAAGAGUGCUGUUUGAGCAAUCUUCUAUGCUUGAAAAGUUUCGGUAUGAGGCCCUAGGUGAAGAGUUCUCGCAAUCAUGGUAUCUUUCCGAUAUUGGUGCCAUACCAAAGGGAAGGGGAAAGGGUUAUGCAAGAGCUUUAGUUGACUAUGUGUGCCAUAAAUAUGUUGACAAGUACAGACCUCACGUUGCUGGAGAUGAGGCAGACGAUGAAUAUGAAGAUGAUGAGGAGCUCAACGAGUUGGAGAAAGAUCACGGUUCAAUUCGGUUUAAUAACAGCGAUAAUUCACAGCUUGACUCUGAAAUUCAGAGCUACAACUUCUCUUUUGACCUUGAAUCCGAGGACUUGACUGAUUACUCAGGCUAUUCAAGUGUUUCAGACUCUGAUGCAUCAUCAUCUCAUUCAUCAUGGUACUAUCGUGAGGAGGAUGACAUCUUAGCCCAGUAUGACCGCAAAAAGAGUAAAGAGAACAAAGUUGGGGCUCCGCUCUACUUGGAAAGUUCACAUCCUAGGAACAGGAAAAUAUACCAGAAACUGGGUUUCACAUAUGUGAAAACAGUCGAUGUGGCUCGUGUCACAGAUAGGCAUGGCCGAAAUAAGAUGCUAACGAUGGAUUUGAUGGUUCGAGGACCAAAGGGGGCUCUGUGGACUAAACGACCCUUAGAGUUACCCGCGGAAGACAUGUAA